AUGUGCAACGGAUUUGAACCAAAUUGUCCACCUCGUUCCUACUGCUACAUAACUACCGGUGGAUUCGCCUCUGAAGAGUACAACUGCUGCAAAUCGUGGUAA